AUUGCCACCUUCAUAGUGUGAUUGCAUUGCGAUUUUGCACUGUCCGAGAGGGAUGAUGAAAAAGAAGAGCAUCAAGAGAAAGUGGGCAGCGAUAGCAAUGGUGACAUAUCUGCUCUUCAUGGUGGAUCUAUUGCCUUCACUAACAAGUGCCUCUUUUCUUCCUGCUCAACAUGUUCUUGAUGCCCUUGGCGGAAGCAAAGAAGGCAAGACGGGAUCCCCAAGAAAAGCAUUAGGUGGUGGAUUCAAACUUAAGGGGGCAAUUGGUCUUGAUUCCUACGUUGAUUUUGGGAAGAAGAAGAACAGGAAAGCAGUGGAGUCACGGAGCUUGAGGGAGAGUCCUAUCGUGUCUCUGCCCUCGCCGCAAGCCGAUGUUCCCCGACACCACCCUUCUCCACGCCUCAUCUAACAACUUAGACAUCCGUAUUGACUAUGUAAUUUUCCGGUCUCGCCCAUGAAAUC